GCCCACGCAGAGGUGAACGGAAGUAAAAGGAAACAAGCAGGCCAGAGUUGUUCCGACAGCUAAAAACAAAACAUCUGUUGUCGCAAAAGCGGGCCCAAAGUCACACUUUCUUUUAUGCCCUUCGUUUCGUAAGUUCGGAUGGUGUAAAAGUAGACAACGAGUCGACAUGGUUCACAUUUGGGAGCCUUUUUUUCCGUCGUUGAAGCGGCGGGUGUUACUUUUCGCUUUCCUUCCUCUUGUUCUUGUCUCUGGCGGAACGAGGCAGCACCGGCCACGGGGCACCGGACCCUCGCAAGCAGAAACGGUAGAAACUUACAAUAAGUACUACAAUUAUUAUGAAUUAACAGAACUUCUACAGUCAUUAGAGCAUAAAUACCCGCACAUAGCGAGACUGUCGAGCAUAGGUAAGUCUGUGGAAGGCAGGGAGCUGUGGGUGAUGCGGAUCACACUGGACCCAGACAAAGACACACCGGGUAAACCGAAAUUUAAAUACGUUGGGAACAUGCACGGUGACGAAACCGUGUCCAGACAGGUGCUGGUUUACCUUGUGGAGCACCUGUUGACUAAAUACGAGGAGGAAGCUCGGAUUGCUGAGCUGGUGAACAGCACGGAUAUUUACAUCAUGCCCAGCAUGAACCCUGACGGCUUCGAGAAAUCCAAAGAGGGCGACUGCGCAGGAGUCCACGGGGGUCGAAAUAAUGCCAAGAGCGUUGACCUGAACAGGAGUUUUCCUGACCAGUUUGAUGGAGCGUCUGCUGAUCCAAAUGACAUACCGGAGGUCACGGCAGUGAUCAGAUGGAUACAGGAAAACAAAUUUGUUCUGUCGGGGAACCUGCACGGUGGAACGGUGGUCGCCAGUUACCCUUUUGAUGACUCUGCCUCUCACAUGCGUGGAGGCUUCUACAGUCGGUCUGAGGAUGACAACCUGUUUCGCUUUUUGGCUAUGGUGUAUUCCCAGAAUCACCCUGAGAUGAAGACCGGUCACCCCAACUGUCCCGACACCCCUCAUGAAACCUUUGAAGACGGCAUUACAAACGGGGCACAGUGGUACGAUGUACCAGGAGGAAUGCAGGACUACAACUACCUCCAUGGAAACUGUCUGGAAAUCACCCUGGAGCUGAGCUGUUGCAAGUAUCCUCCUGCUCAGCAGCUUCAAAAGGAAUGGGAUCUGAACAGGGAAUCUCUUCUAGCCUACAUGGAGAAGGUGCACAUGGGUGUCCAUGGUUUUGUGAAUGAUUCCGUCAGUGGAGCUGCCCUCAGCAACGUCAGCAUUAUGGUAGCAGGCAUUAGCCACAACCUGACCACCGCUAAAUAUGGAGACUAUCACCGCCUGCUGCUCCCUGGAACAUACAACAUCACAGCUGCGGCCCCAGGGUACAUGUCUGUGACCGUCAACGGUGUCCAUGUCACUGAGGACAAAGCCACGCAGCUCAACUUCACCUUGUCACCUAAGGUUGACGAGGCCUCCGGUGACAUCCCUUUGACCACAACCUCAGUGCCGACCACCAAUCUUCCAACAGUUUCCACUCCACCCUCCUCCAACUUUUCCCAGACUCAGGUGGUUUCCCCUGCAGGAAACAAGAACAGCCCCCCCGUUGUUCCACCUGUGCACCAGCCCUUCCAGCCUAAAGAAUUUCGUCACCACAGCUAUGCAGACAUGGAUGUUUUCUUACAUAACCUUGCCAGCGAGUUCCCCUCCAUCGCCCACCUGCACUCCAUUGGCCGCUCUAAAGAAAAUCGGGAGCUGUACGUGAUGGUCAUCUCAGACAACCCAACUGUUCACGAGCUUGGUGAGCCUGAGUUCAAGUAUGUGGCCAACAUGCACGGCAACGAAGUGGUGGGUCGAGAGUUGCUGCUCCACCUGAUCGAGUAUCUGUGUCGUAACUAUGGUACUGACCUAGAGGUCACUCAGCUGGUCAACAGCACACGCAUUCACAUCAUGCCCUCCAUGAACCCUGAUGGCUACGAGGUGGCCAUGGAAGGUGACGUGAGGGGCUACAAAGGACGAAACAACAGCAACAAUUAUGACUUGAACCGCAACUUUCCUGACCAGUUCGUCACCAUCACUGAUCCCAUACAGCCAGAGACUAUAGCUGUGAUGAACUGGGUGAAGAGCAUCCCCUUUGUUUUGUCUGCCAACCUCCAUGGAGGUUCCUUGGUGGUCAACUACCCUUUUGAUGAUGAUGAAGAGGGAGUCAGUCAUUACAGCAAGUCUCCUGAUGAUCAAGUGUUUCAGCAGGUGGCAAGAGCCUUCUCACAGGAAAAUCCGCUAAUGCACAGCGGACACCCUUGUGAGGACCUGUACCCGGAGGAAUAUUUUAAGGAUGGCAUCACUAAUGGUGCCAAGUGGUACACAGUUCCUGGUGGCAUGCAGGACUGGAAUUACGUCAACACUAACUGUUUUGAGGUUACAAUCGAGCUGGGCUGUGUCAAAUACCCCUGGGCCAAGGAUCUGCCUAAAUACUGGGAACAAAACGGGCGAGCAUUGCUAGAGUUUAUUCACCAGGUUCACACUGGAGUUAAAGGAACUGUUACUGACAGUAGAGAUGGUGCAGGAAUUUCUAAUGCCACCAUUAGUGUGGAAGGAAUAGACCACAGCAUCACUACAGCUUCUGCUGGAGAUUACUGGAGGCUGCUGGUACCUGGGACUUACUCCAUCACUGCCUCCGCCCACGGGUAUAAACCCGUUAGGACCUAUGCCACAGUAACAAAGGACAGAGCGGAGACGGUGGACUUCAGACUGACCCAAUCAGACUUGAGCAGUAGUAACCAAUUUCCUGGCAGCCCACAACCCACACAGAGCCCAUCUGAGAAGGAGCUCGGGAGUUUAAUUAAGAAGCUCUCCUCAGACCAGGGUUUGGAACAGCUGGUGAAGAGCACUGACACGGGUAACAGCAUCCGCUACCGACGCCCUAAAGAGUGGUCCGACAUCCUGAACAGUCUAAAGCUCAACUUUCCCCAAAUCACAAAACUGCACAGUUUGGGGUGGAGUGUGGAGUUCAGGAGCAUUUUGGCUUUGGAGAUAUCCAACAAACCAGCAGAAGCAGAGCCAUCUGAACCAAAGAUCCGCUUUGUAGCAGGGAUCCAUGGCAACGCUCCCGUCGGCACGGAGCUGCUGCUGGAGUUCGCUACCUUCCUGUGCAUCAACUAUGGCAAGAACUAUGCCAUCACUAAGCUGAUCAAUGAGACCCGCAUUUUCAUCGUUCCCUCUGUCAACCCCGAUGGGCGAGAACAGGCCAGUGAGCAGCAGUGCUCGUCUGCCCAGGGUCUGACCAACGCCAACGGCAUUGAUCUUGACAGGAACUUUUUGGGAAACGCAUCACAGCGUUCGAGCGAGCCCCAACCUGAGACCAAAGCGAUGAUGGACUUUAUCCUGAACAGAACUUUCACUCUGUCCGUAGCUCUGGAUGGAGGUGCCCUGAUCGUCGCCUACCCAUACAACAAGCCUGUUCAGACCGUUGAAAACGAGGGCACGUUGAAGUACUUGGCAAGCGUGUAUGCUAAGAACCACCCAAAGAUGCAUCUCGGGGAUACUGGAUGUUCCAACAAUGGCCAAUCGGGCAACAUACCUGGUGGAGUUAUUAGAGCAGCGGAGAAACAAAGUCACAUGGGGAGCAUGAAGGACUUCAGUAUGGACUCGGGACACUGUCCAGAGAUCACAGUGUAUACAGGCUGCUGUCUGUUCCCCCCCGUCGAUCAGCUGGUCUCACUUUGGUCAGAGAACAAGAAGAGUCUUCUCAGCAUGUUGGUAGAGGUCCAUAAGGGGGUUCGAGGCGUGGUGAGGGACAGAAGCGGUAAACCAGUCGUUGGUGCGAGCAUCGUACUGAAUAGAAGGAUGAAGGUGUUCACCUCCGAGGGUGGCUACUUCCAUGUGCUCCUUGCCCCCGGUAGCUACAAUAUAGAAGUCAUUGCUGAUGGAUAUCAGCAGCAGCGUCGUAAGGUGGUGGUGUCUCCUUACAAAGCUGCUAACUCUGUCGUCAUCGAGUUUGACUUGGAUAACAAUAUUUUUGGCUUGCCUAGAGAGUUUGUUGUGGCCAGUGCAGCUGCCUCCAUGACGGCGUUGGUGAUGACGGCAUGCAUCAUCUGGUGCGUGUGUGCAGCCAAGUCCAACAGUCAGAAAGACGGCUUUCACCGCCUGCGACAGCAUCGCGACAUUUAUGAUGACGAGAUCCGACUCAACACCAUGGGCUCCAAGAAAUUGCUGCUCGCUAAUGAGUUUCAGGACGAAAGUGAAAGUGAAGAAGAGACUCUGUAUGCCAACAAGAUCUGAGAAAUGCACAGCAGCAGUAUUUUUAUGUUUUUCAGCUCCCACCACAGUCAAGUCCCUGACCAGCAUGGAGCUGAAUGGACCCAAGAAUGAGCAGCUUUAAAGUGUUUUUUCUAUCAUGCCAUAAAGUUUAAAGGGCUCAGCCCCGUCCUUUCAGUGCUGCUAAAACUAAGAAUCCUUUAGGUUAAGGGGUUCAUGUAUGCAGCACUCUGAGGUCAAAAACAGCCCUGAUCAACCUUUACUGCAGCUUUUUGUUUUGUUUCAGAGCCGUUCAAGAUGAUCAGACCAUUAUUUGUCCUCGCAGUCCCAAUGAACUCAGUAGUUCAAUUAGUGGAAAAUAGAAGCGCUUUAUCUCCUGGAAUCUCUCCUCGAUAGUUGCCAUUACCAUGCAUUGUUUCCAAUACUGCCUGAAGCUGAGAGCUUAUAAAUGGUUCUCAUUUCUUGGUCCAGUAUGGAGGAGUUCUCGUGAAAGGUCUGUUUGUGGGCUUGAAUUGAACACACUGUGCCUUUUUGCUUCUGUAAAACGCCAUGGUUCCAGUCAGGCUGUGAGAAGAGACAAAGCUUUGUGGCUGGGUUAGUUAAUGCUGAAAUUGGAUCUGUCCUUUACUCAGGUUAUGUAAAAUAUGAAAUUGUGUCCCAAGGAAAGCUAAAUUCUGAUGUGACACUGAUUCAGCACGGAAAGGAAAUUUUGUAUGUUUGCAGUAAGUUGAAACCAUCCGUUCAUCACUGGUGAUAAGAAAUGUACAACGCUCUGUCAUGAAAAUACUGUAUUUAUUAUUCCCAGUUUGUUUUAAAGCUUUGUUUAUAGUAAGUUUCUGUAUGUACAUGGACGGUUAUUGCUGUUAUCCACGAAUGUCACAUGUGUUGUGCCCUUUUUGUGUGACUGUAGACAUAUCUUUAUUCUGACACUUUGAGGUUUGGGACUUUCUCUUCUGCCAAUUAUAUUCCCUUUCAACUGGUUAUUUUAGUUGUAAAUGUCAUUACUAGUGUGUUAAUUGUUUUGUUUCAAGGACUCUGUCAAAGCCACCCUUUCUGCACAACCUCAAGAGGUAAUAUUUUUCAAACUUGUUAAUUUAGACUUUAUCAUAUGAAUUUUUUCAUUACUUGUGUGUUUAUUUAAGAGAAGUUCGGUCCCUUUGAAGCUUAUUUAUAUGCUAAGAUUGUAUCUGUGCUGUCAUCUUAGUGGGAAAUGUGACCAUUAAAAGAAAAAAAAUAUAUUUUAUUUUGGUGAUCCUGUACUCAAAAUAAGACAGAUUUUUAUUCUGAAACAUCUAAAACCAAAUCAGUUGAAAGACCCAACACAUCAAACUGGUUUAUUCUUCUGACUGCUAUUAGAUCGCUGCACUGGUUCUCUAAAUUGUUAUGUGACCUGCAUGGAUUCAAAGCAAUACACUUGUUCUCUUCAUAAUUCCCCUUUAUUUUUCUCAAGAGAUCGUUUCUUGGCAAGGAAUACAAAUGUAAGUUACUCUUCUAUCAUGUCUGAAAGGCCUUGUGUAAAGACUUAGGAAAGCGUCACGCUGUGUUGAUGUGACGAUUUUAUAAAAUAAAUUGGAAUUAACUAAAUAUUGUUUGCAAAUUGAAAUGUCUGUGGGAUGUGCACCUUAUGUUGACUUCACAUACAUUUAGAAGCAUCUUGGUGGUACUGAGACCAGGCUAACAUGCACAAAAACUCCCAAAACAUGGAAAUAAAAACAUCUCUGAGCACCA